CCUUUUAGUAAAGAUGAUGUCUGCAAAAGACAUGGCAAAAGUGAUGAUCGUCAUACUUGCAAUUGUUUUUCUUACAAGAACGGAUGGGAAAGCUAUUAAGAAGAGAGCUGUGAGUGAAAUACAGUUUAUGCACAACCUGGGGAAAUACUUGGCCUCCCUGGAGAGGAUAGAAUGGCUGCGAAAGAAAUUACAGGAUGUGCACAGAUUUCCUAGCCUUGGAGCUCCACUACGCGCUGGAGAAGGUGGUUCCCAGAGAUCCCCCCAAAAGGAGGAAAAUAUCCUUGUUGAUCACCACCCAAAAAGUCUUGGGGAGGGAGACAAAGCUGAUGUAGAUGUAUUAAUUAAAGCUAAAUCCCAGUGA